GGAUCCAGUCGCUGACCAUGUCGCCUUGGUCGAUCUUGGUCGCCUUGGGAUGGUCUCCUCGCGGCUGCUCUGUGUGGAGUGUGGUGACUGUAUAGAAGAACCCUACGUUGAAGUGGAUGUUGACGACGAGGAUGAAAAUGGUCGUGUUGCGCUCAAGCGUGCCAUCGACAACGUGGUGACGGUGAACAAUGGCCCACCCCUCCCGGUGGUGGACAUCCGGCACCGCUGGCACCAAGUGGCCUCCGAUGGCUUUGUUGCGCUCUUCUGCAGUUGUCCCAUGCUGUCCAUCUUCGUGGCGCGUUACAUGGUGAAAAACUACCUGUUUGCUCGCUGGAGGUUGAUUUUUCCACCGGAACACUCCUGGGGCCGGCAGCUGCGGCAUUGGCUGGGCAGCGAGGCUUUGAUGUGGCUGAUGCUGACGGAUGUUGUCCUCGGGGGCCUGUUCACUUGCGAUGGUUCGGUUAUGGGAAGAACCGAUUGCACGGCACAAAGUGCAUUCGUGUCCUUACCGGUGCAGAUGUUGACGAAUGCCCUGAGUGUGACUUCCCUGCUGCUGCUCCGGAUUUUGGAGGUUCAGAUCUUGGACGUGUCGGCUCACGUGCACUACCACAAGGUCCGCGCCCGAAAUCGCCUGGAAGCCUCAGCAAUUCCAGAUGCGGAGGGACGGAAGAGUGAUGCCAUGGAGUUCUUGCAGAAGUUACAACGCAGCUUCCCCGAGACCUUCGGCAAACAGAUGCCGCCGCGGACGCUGGAGCAAUUGUACCGCAGCUGGGACAUCAACGAGACGCCCACAAACUUGAUCAGGAUGGUCUGGUGUUCCACGCUGGUUCUCUUCGUGUUGCUGACCUGGUUGCAGGAGGCAAUUCGCCAGGGCAAAAUGAGCACCGGCGAGCUGCCGGAACUGAGAUUCGAAAGUAGAUGGGAUUGGUUGGGCUUCACUUUGUGCAUGCUCAAAUCCUAUGGUGCCGCCAUUUCCUGGUUUCAUUUGGUGGCGAAUAUCCUUUGCAUCUCAAAGGGCAUGGACCAAAACGCGAAACAGCUGCUUCUCUUCAGUACACUGACCUCCUACUCAAGCAUUGAGAGCUGGAGCAGGCAAAACCGCGAGAUCUUGAGAAGCAUACUGGCCAAUGCCUUGAGCAACAAUAACAACGUUGGUGGUGAUGCGGUGAUCACGGAGAAUCAACUGCGACAUGCAUUGGAGAGGAUCAUCGGAGCUGAGAAGUUGGAUCUGAUGAAUGUGGAUGACAUCAAAGCCUGGUGGGAAUUGAGGAAGUACAUUCAAGUUGACUUCUUAGAUGAAUCCGCUGCCAUGGAUUUCUGUGGGGUCCUGACUCUCCAGUUGAUUCUAUGUUUCAUGGUCACGGGUGCUUUUGACUGGCUGGCGAAUGGCGAUCUCUUCUCUCCCGGAAUUAUCCUGGUGGUCAUGCUGGUGGGAUGCCUGGCGGUCGUCAUGUUCAACGUCAUUCAGGCUGCAAUCAACAUCAACGAACUGCUUGAGAAAGACUCGCAGGUCUUGGUGGAUGCAGCGGCCGAUUGCAUCUUCUCGCGCCAAUGGAAUUCCGCGGAGGUCGCCGGCUUGCUGCAGAGUAUCGAGCGCCGCGUGGCGAUGCUUGAUGACAAGCAGCAGAUCUUGGGGGUGACCAUGACGGCCACCUAUCGCAACGGCUGGGUGGCCACCUUCCUAGCCGCUGGGAUCAGUUCGCUGGUGAAGCUUCUACAGACCAUGCGACUGGAGGUAAUGCAUUGGAUGACAGACGGCCAGGAUCUGAUUUGGAACGCCACAUAUUAUGCCUUCAUGGGAGUGGCGAAUGAUACCAUGUCGUAACCCUGGCUUCCCGGUGAGCUCGCAGGAGCGGGGGCGAUGGCCCAAUGAUAGAGGAUUUCUGAAUGAUAAAUGCGGA